AGCAAGAUGGCGAGCCGAAAGGCUGUGGCUUCAUUAAAUGUCUAAUUUAGGCCUAAACAGGGAUAUGGAUUUACAGAAAGUAUAUCAAUAAAUAGCUCAAAGAUUCGUCUUUUCUAAAGCACACGGAAUGGAAGUCGAGUUUGUAUGGAUGGAGUGUUACGUGAAGUGAAGAUUGAAGACGUGAUAGAAGAUGGACGACUACUGCUAUGCUAAGAUGGCGACGUCCGCUAAAAGAGAACAUGAAAGAGAAUCAACUUCCAGCAAAUCACCAACGGAGAUAAAGACGAAAAGUGCAGAUAAAGAUGUGGAACAGCUGAUUGGUCAUCCAGAAGAACUUACCCCUCAGCCGCAAGGAGAAAGUUCCACUUUGAAGGAAGAGGAUCCACAUUCCCCUCACAUUAAAGAGGAAGAGGAGGACCUUUGCAUCACUCUCGGAGCGGAGGAAGCUGAUCUCGCCAGGUUGCCACUGACUGUUGUCUCUGUGAAGACUGAAGAUGAUGAAGAGAAACCACCUGAGACCUUUCCUUGGUCGUUCUCUGCCAACGUCCAGCAGCUGAUUGGUCAUCCAGAAGAACUCCCUCCUCGUCAGCAGGGUGGGGACUUCACUUGGAAGCAGGAGGCUUCACAGCCACCCCACCUUAAAGAGGAAGAGGAGGGAGAGUGUCUUCUAGGGCCAGAGGAAGCUGAUCUCACCAAGUUACAACUGAUUGUUGUCUCUGUGAAGACUGAAGAUGAUGAGGAGAAACCUCAACCGGACAACCUCUUAGCUCCACUAUCAGAUAGUGAGGCUGAAGACGAGGUUGAAAAACCUUGGAGCAGCGAUACAGACUUUGAAGGUGAUAUGAGGACUCACACUGACAACACAAACUCUGAAUGUUCUAUAGAGAACACAACUAAAAAACAUUUGAGCUGCUCAGUGUGUGCUAAAAGCUUUAUGAAAAAGAGUAAUUUGAUUCAACACAUGAGAAUACACACAGGAGAAAAAACAUUUAAUUGUUCAGUUUGUGGUAAAAGCUUCACUCAGAAAGGAAAUUUGAGUCAACAUAUGAAAACACACACAGGAGAAAAAACAUUUAAUUGCUCAGUUUGUGGUAAAAGCUUUUCUCUAAAGUGCAAUUUGACUCAACAUAUGAGAAUGCACACGGGAGAAAAACCAUUUAAUUGUUCAGUUUGCGGUAAAAACUUUUCUAUGAAGGGCAGUUUGACUGUACACAUGAGAACACACACCGGUGAAAAGCCGUUUGAUUGUUCUGUUUGUAGCAAAAGCUUUUUCCGAAAGGGCAGUUUGACUCAACACAUGAAAAAGCACACUGGAGAAAAACUAAUUUAUUGUCCAAUAUGCGGUAAAAGCUUCAUUACCAACAGCCAUUUGACUGAACACAUGAGAAAGCACACUGGGGAGAAACCAUUCAGCUGUUCAGUUUGCGGUAAAAGCUAUACUCAGAGAAGCAAUCUGUCUGAUCAUAUGAGAACACACAGGAGAAACAUCUGUCAGUUGUUCAGUUAGCGGUAAAAUAUUUCUUCAUAAUGGAGACACAGUGAGACUCAAAAGAACACAUAGGGGAGAAAAAACAAAAAUAUACCGUAUUUUCCGCACUAUAAGGCGCACCUAAAAACCACAAAUUUUCUCAAAAGCUGACAGUGCGCCUUAUAACCCGGUGCGCUUUAUAUAUGGAUUAAUAUUAAGAUUCAUUUUCAUAAAGUUUCGGUCUCGUAACUACGGUAAACAGCCGCCAUCUUUUUUCCCGAUAGAACAGGAAGCGCUUCUUCUUCUACGCAAGCAACCGCCAAGGUAAGCACCCGCCCCCAUAGAACAGGAAGCGCUUCUUCUUCUACUGUAAGCAACCACCCGCCCGCGUAGAAGAAGAAAAAGCGCGCGGAUAUUACCGUACGUUUCAUUUCCUUUGUGUGUUUACAUCUGUAAAGACCACAAAAUGGCUCCUACUAAGCGACAGGGAUCCGGUUCAUGAAAAGACGCAAUCUCUCCAUCCGCACACGGAUUACUAUUUCACAGCAACUGAUAUUCCUGUGAACCGCACUGUGGAUACAACGGGAGCACGUACGGUGAAUAUUCGCACCACAGGGAAUGAGAAGUCAUC